GAGCUGCGGUGCCAGCUAGCUAGCCAAAACAGUAAGGUGUUUAUGGGAAACACGGGACAUAUACAUCACGUUAAAGGGUUCUGGAUUUUGGGAGUGCGGUUAAAGUAAAACGGUUCCUGCGGGACUGCUGAGGGACCAGCACCAUGAGCGGGGCCGCGCUGGGCUUUGAGAUUGUGGUGGUCUUCUUCCUGGCCCUGUUCCUGCUGCAUCGCUAUGGAGACUUCCGUAAGCAGCAACGCAUGGUGCUACUAGGCACGCUGCUGGCCUGGUACCUGUGCUUCCUCAUCGUCUUCAUCUUGCCUCUGGAUGUCAGCACGACCAUCUACAAGCAGUGCAAGAUAGAUCAUGACCUUGCGCCUGCUCUUACUGUCAGCCCGUUCACUUCAAAUCAAACGACCGGGAACGCCUCUGUCACACCCACCAAAAGUGUUUCAAAGCCAUGCCACAAGCCAUGGAGCUACAUUCCUGAUGGGAUUAUGCCUGUGUUCUGGAGAGUGGUGUACUGGACAUCCCAGUGUCUGACAUGGCUGCUGCUGCCUUUCAUGCAAUCAUAUGCUAGGUCUGGUGGCUUCUCCAUCACCGGGAAAAUUAAGACAGCAUUAAUAGAGAACGCAAUCUAUUAUGGAACCUACCUGCUCAUCUUCGGCUCACUGCUGAUAUAUGUCGCCAUUCACCCUGAAUGGCACCUUUCCUGGUAUGAGCUCCAGACCAUCGGCAUCACAGCAGCCAACACCUGGGGCCUGUUCUUGUUGGUGCUGCUGCUUGGUUAUGGACUGGUGGAGAUCCCACGUUCUUACUGGAAUGCAUCAAGGCGUGGGCACCUGCUUAUCAAGACCUAUUUCAAGGCAGCCAAGUUGAUGACUGAAAAGGCAGAUGCUGAGGAGAACCUUGAGGAUGUCAUGGAGGAGGUGAGAAAAGUCAGUGAAUCCAUAAAGUAUAACCAUCCACUGCGGAAAUACAUAGAUACCAUCCUCAGAAAAUGCCCUCUGGGUUACCAAGAAAAGAUGGGUAGAAAUAUGGAUGACUACGAGGACUUUGAUGACAAGAAAAACAAUUACCCCAGUGAGAAAAGCCUGGUGAAGCUUCAUAAACAGGUGAUCUAUGCAGUACAGAGACACAACAGGACACGUGUGCAGUGGCAGAUCCUCCUGCAGCAGGCCAUUCAUUUAGAAGAUAUAGCCAAGAAUGAGACCAGCUCAACCCGCCAGUUUGUCCACAGCUUCCCCUCCUCAGAGCCACCCAGCUGGUUCAGCAGAUACUUGUACACACCUUCUGUUGAGUGGUACUGGGAGUGUCUGCUGAAGCAGUGUUUCUACCGACUGCUGUCUGUGCUGCUCAGUCUGUUCUCGGUGGCGGUGGUGUGGUCUGAGUGCACCUUCUUCAGCACCCAGCCCGUGCUCUCCCUGUUCGCUGUGUUCAUCCAGCUCGCUGAAAGAGACUACAACUAUCUGUACAUCGAGAUGGCAUGCUUUGUCACAAUCUUCUUCCUGUGUACCUGUGUUUACUCAACUGUGUUCCGUAUACGGGUUUUCAACUACUACUACUUUGCCUCUCACCACCAAACUGAUGCUUACAGCCUGCAGUUCAGUGGCAUGUUGUUCUGUCGUUUGACCCCUCCUCUGUGCUUGAACUUCCUUGGUUUAAUCCACAUGGACUCUGCCCUUCUUAACUCCCACCAACAGAAAGAGCAGACUGCUUAUACUUCGAUCAUGGGGUCGAUGCGUGUCCUUUCAUUUAUUGCUAAUGGCUUCUAUAUUUACUACCCCAUGUUGAUAGUCAUCCUUUGCAUUGCCACAUACUUCAGCUUGGGGACUCGCUGUCUGAAUCUUCUGGGCUUCCAGCAGUUUAUGGGUGACAGUGAAAUGACCUCUGACCUGAUUGAUGAAGGCAAGGAGCUAAUUCGCCGAGAGAAAAGAAAACGACAAAGAAUUGAGGAUGGAGAGAACAGACGGAGGGAGUGGAAGGAGCGCUAUGGCAACCCAAGGGAGGAUUACCUUGCCAAGAACAGGAAUGCUCAUGCUGAAAUGAAGGGGACCAGCUAUUCUGAUAAUGUGAACCCUAGUACUAACAGACAGGCAAAAUAUUCCCGGAGUCAAGCAGAGAAAGACUGCAUCGAGCUGCUCCAGGAUGCGGAGCCAUUAGACUUCAAUGCUGAUGCUCUUUCAGACGACCCUCUUGGGGCAGACUCUUGCACGCAUGCAGGGGGCAGGUAUCUUUCCAUGUCCUCCUCACGCAGCAGAAUCUUUGAUGAUGUCUGAUGGCAGCAGAGAAACUGAGAGCUUGAAGACAGAGAUGACCUGGAAUGUACAUGUAUUAUCUUCACUACAGAGCUGUCCUGCAGGGAGCGCCACAGCACAGACACAUAGUUGAGCAACUUCUGUAAAUGUAGCACAUAAUUUCCAUUUCACAUGAUGUCAUUGAUUUUUUAUUAUCUCCCAGUUUUCCAUUGUCAUUAUGGAAAUAAUGCAUUUUUUAUAGAUGUUAAGUAAUAUUGAGAUUUGUUCAUCAACGCCUGGCCGGCUGGAUGACUUUUACAGCUGGUCGGUGUAAUCACUCAAGGUGAUGAUCAUUCAGACUACAGCAGAGCUCCCAGACGCAUGCCUCUCAUUGAACAGAUAUACAUCAAAUUCCUUACUCAUAAAAUGAGCCGUGUUACUAUACAGGCACUGAUUAGUUGUCAUCAUUAAAAUGAUAUCACGUGGAAGACCUGUCUGAAGCAAAACUUGGUUUGAGAAUCCAAAGGAGUUGAAUCAAGUGCAACUGGACUUGGUAUAUAUCCGUGAAGACGUUUUGCCUCUCAUCCAAGAGGCUUCCUCAGUCCGUGCCUUUCUGACUAGACCAAGCUAGUCUGACUGGCCGAUCACACAAUUUUGUCAAUUGUGCCCGGCCACGCCGGAGGUAACAUGGAGAUUCGAACUGUGUUAUUAGGCAACGGAAUACACCGCUACGCUACCCAGACACCCGAAAAUGCGUUUUGUUGGUACUUUUAUUUUAUAAUCCUCAUGUGUAACUGUAUUAUAUGCUUCCCUCACAUGGACUUUGUUUUUAACAAGGCAAGUAGAGAAAAAUGUCGUGUAGUGUGGCUAAAGGUUGAGUUUAUUUUUGUCUACCAUUGUUGACAGUAUACUUCUUCACCAAGAAAUGCUUUUAGAAAUGAUUUUAUGCUGUAUGGAUUAAUUUAAUGGAUGACUGAGUCAGCUACAGUUUGUGGAUGAAGUCAAGGGUAAGGGGCAGUUACCAAUGACAAAGUCAUAAAUGGGCCAUUCGAAAUACAUGCACCACCCACGGCUUCCCUACAGGGGCCAAAACAAUGUAUUGUCAUAGGUGGAACAAGUGACAGGAGUUCCAGUCAGUUAAUGUUGGUGUUAGCUAGCUAGUGUUGCCUGUUUUAUGGCAGUCUAGUAAAUGGAUGAUUAGUUGUUUGGGUAUGAUCAUAAAGCUGUUGUUACAAAAAAGUUUAUGGAACAUAACAGUGGGCUCACAGGUUCCCAUGCUGCUCUUCCUCAUCUGAAAGAUUCAUGCAUGAUGAUAUGUCAGAUGAUGUGCUGUACCUGCAUAAAAUACGUAGCUCAUCUCAAGUCAGACUCUGUCCCACACUGCUGCUGCUCUAGAUGAGACAGAUUAGGUGUCGUAAUCACCCCCAUUUGUCUAAACAAUAAGAAUGUGGGGGAUUUUGGUUCCGGUCCUACAUGAGCACAGAAGUGUUGGAGGUGUUAUCUACCAUGGUAUCUACCAUGGUAUCUAUCCUGCUUACGAUGACGACACUCCGCUUCUUCUUUGUGAUUGUUAGAUAACACAGUAUUGAAAUCAUGUUUGCAUAUGGAAUUUAAGGCUUAUAAUUAUUCAUGUUUGGUUACAAUUGUGCCAAUUUUUUUUUAAACUACUACAUAUUUUGUUCUUGUCAUGUCACCAUGGCAGAUGUUUGAUUUUACCAUCAUGGUGUGAUUUGUAUCAUAGAUGCCUUGCUCCGAAAAGAAGAAAAAGACAAAAGACCUUUAAACCAUGUUUAGAAUUUGAGUUUCCUUUCUCACUGAUGAAAGGUCCUGAUAGCAGAUCUGAGUUUGUGGAACACGGUGUCACGUCUCUGACAGGGAGGAAUGAUGAAGGUGGAUAAUGAAGGAUGUUCUGAACUAUGUGGGGCUGAGAGGUAGACCCAGUCUAAUUCCUAAUGGUAAUUUACACUGAAUGUUUAACUCUCUAGCUGCUGCACUCUGCUCCAGUGAACUAAACAUGCUGAUCUGUUCAUGACUUUAUCAGUUUUCAUUUUCUGUGUGUUGUCCAAUAUGUUUUGUAUCAUAUGGGGUUGUACUGUACAGAAGGUGAAACUUGGCUAUUUAUUGUAUAUUUCACCUGUAACACUUCAUAUUCCUCACUGUAAACUUCUCUGUUGUACAGCACAACAUGUCUUUUACUUAAGAUUGCAUGUACUCUCCAAACAUGUAUUUGUACAAGACAACCUGUUGAUCUGAGUUUGUCUGAUGGCGUUGGUGAUUUUGAUGAUAAUGUGGUGUGGUGAUUUUGUUUGAAUGCUCUGAACAUUGCAAAUGAAUAUUUAUUUUACUUCAUAAUCUCAACAUAUUUUCCUGAUUCUGCAAACAGGAAGUAGUUAUGAUCCAUCAGCCACUGUGAGCCCAGUCUUUUACUGUAUUAUUGAGCUAAGAAAUAUGUUUUACUAUGCCAGUGUUGUGAUGUUAAAUAAAGCUUAUUAAGAUA